AUGCUUUUUUUCAAAAUUAUUAUUUAUUAGUGGUGGUUUCACCCGGCUUUAGAAGUUUAUAAUACAACACUGAUCCCACAAAAUACAGAUCCAUUUUUCAUCAAGCGUUCAAGCAGUCUUUCUAUCAAACAAAAUCGUCUUUCAAUGUCUCUUGGCACUCAAUUAUCUUGCUCUUGAAUAUAUGCGUCUGCUUUUAAACAGCUGCUUGAGUGAAUCCCAAAGGUUCUGCGUGCUACUCUUGUGUUUGGCAACAAUCUUUAUGAAGUAAUGCUUCCAGUUCCUCAUCUUCAAUAUUUUUUGGACGUCCUGGAGUCUUCGGUCUCCAAACCAAAAUCGUUACUUCUGAUACAUUCGCUCAGCUAGAUUAUGUUCACCAUUAACUUGAUUUAUAAAUCUCUAAAACGUUUAGCUUGGAAACCUUUCCACAAAACAUACCAUAUUAACCGCUAAAUCAUUCACUUAUAUAAAGUAAGCGAUAUUGCAGUAAAAUACUUAUACACGUACAUAUGUAUGUUUCUCUCUCAUUGCUAUUGUGGUUUACGGGAAAAAGUCUCAUUUUACGUAAAAACCAUUUACUCGUUGACUGAUAUAAUUAAACACUCAUUAAUCACUUUUCUUGAUCAGUGCUGAUUAUUGGGAGACAAAAAGUUGUUCUCGGAUAAAAAUGAGAAACCAGAGCUUGAUUUGUUAAAGAAAUGUCUAAGUUGUCUCAUUUGAAGUGUGUUUUCUUUACAAACAAACUUUCUGGGUUAGUUUCGGCUUACUGAAGGAUAUAAUAGGCCUCAAUUAAUUGGAACACAAACAUUCACAUACACACACACAAACAAAAAUGUUGCGGCGUCUGAUCUGCAAGCCGCCGACUUCUCCAAUGUCUUCGUUGCCGUCGCAUAUGUGGGCGUUGCAAUGUGUACGUCACGCUGGAGAUCACGCGCCCUGUCGUCGGUCAAGUGGAACGCAUCUUAAGGACAUCGAACGCGUAAUACUACAAGAGACGAAAAUAUCACGUGAUCAUUUAACACCAGAGAUAGCGCUACAUCUCAUAACACCAGAAUGCCGACUCUUCCAUGAGCCAGUGCCAAAUGUAAAUGUGACGAACUUGUUCAAAGAGGAUCCCUUUUGGGCAUUCUACUGGCCUGGUGGACAGGCUAUCAGUCGUUACGUGCUCGAUAAUCCAUCCUUAGUGGCUGGCAAAUCGGUGCUAGAUGUGGGCAGCGGUUGUGGUGCCAGCGCCGUGGCUGCGCUAACGCACAAAGCAAAAUAUGUUGUGGCAAAUGACAUUGAUGAAGCGGCUGGUUGUGCUGUUUUACUGAACGCCCAGUUGAAUGGUGUAGACAUAGAGCGCUUACACAUUUGUACGAAAAAUUUAAUAAUCGCAUCACAAUUGGUAAAGCAAGACCUAAUUUUAUUAGGAGAUGUUUUUUAUGACGAAGAAUUUGCGGCCGUCUUACAGCCUUGGUUACAGAGUCUACGCAAAGCAGGAAAACAGAUACUUGUUGGUGAUCCGGGACGGCAUGGCUUGACAGCAGACAGACGGCGACAUAUGAGACUUUUAGCCAAAUACGAGUUGACGGAAAGUGGAUGCAUUGAGAAUAAUGGUUUUCGCUUUGUUAAUGUUUGGGAAUGGAGAUAGUAAUAAAGGCUUUUAUUUUGAUA